AUGCAUGGCGGUCUUUCCCCAAAUUUGUCAAACCUGGACCAGAUUAAAAGCUUACCACGUCCUACCGAUGUCCCUGAUACUGGUUUAUUGUGUGACCUGCUUUGGCCCGAUCCUGGUAGGGAAAUUCAAGGAUGGGGAAUGAAUGAUAGAGGGGUUUCGUACACUUUUGGUGCUGAUAAAGUUGCUGAGUUCUUGACAAAUCAUGAUCUGGAUCUUGUCUGUCGUGCACAUAUAAGUUAUGAGGAUCUUUUGGACUUUUGUCCUGAAAAAAUUGAGAACUAUGAAGAGAAGCUGAGGAACUUUUACACAGAGCACAUCCAUGCUGAUGAAGAGAUCCGUUAUUGUCUGGAAGGAAGCGGGUAUUUUGAUGUCCGUGACAAAGAUGACCGUUGGAUAAGAAUCUGGAUCAAAGGAGGAGACAUGAUUAUAUUACCGGCUGGGAUCUACCAUCGCUUCACCCUCGACACUUCAAACUAUGUGAAGCUGAUGAGAUUGUUCAAAGGAGAACCAGUUUGGACUGCUUACAAUCGCCCUCAAGAAGCUCAUCCAGCAAGGCAAGAAUACAUCAAGAAUGUAGUGGAAAAUUCGGGCAUUGCGCUUGAAGCACAUUAGUUCAUGUUAUUCACCUCACUAUGCAUGGGCUUCUAUGGUACUCUGCUCAUGCACCUGUUUAAUUAUCCUUAUUAGUUAUGGGUAUUUACAUUAUGGUGUCAUCAUUCUAUGAGCGAUCAUAAACAGAGACAGGUAUUUUUAUGCAAAGGGGUUGUAGUUGUAAAGCUAUAUAGCAUAUUGAAGAGGCUGAGCACAUAUCCAGUGUCA